AGAAAUUGGGGAUGAUGUGCUUGUACUUGAAGGAGCCCUGGUGGUGCAAAUGGCUAAGUGCUCGGCUGCUAACUGAAAAGUCGGCUGUUCAAACCUAUCCAGUGGUUCCGUGAGAGAAAGACCUGGUGAUCUGCUUCCAUAAAGAUUACAGCCUAGAAAACCCUAUGGGGCAGUUCUACUCUGUCACACGGGGUCACCAUGAGUGGGAGUCAGUGUGGUAGAGCCUGACAACAACCACCACCACGUGCUUACAUUUAAGCCGCAUUUUAUCUAAUGGGAGAACUUUACUUUGAAAGUGUUUGUGUAAUGUAUUCGAGGAUUUUUUACUUUACGAGUGUCCUAGAAUGGUUACGGUUUUGUAAAUCCUGAUAGGAUUGAUUGAAAACGUCUAGAACGUAGUUUGCAGAUGGGAAAAUUAACGCAAAAUCCAUCUUCUUUACAAACUGUUUACGAACAGCUCCUGUGUGCGUAGUUUGGUGGCAAGGCAGUGACAGUGUGAGUGGGUGGUAGCGGACGCCUCUCCGGGGCUGUGGGCACAUGAGUGCAGGUGCAGGGUCCACUGUGCAUCCUUGUUUCUGGAGAGAGAGUGGCCGCUCACGUCCUGUCUGUGAACUGUCUGUGCUGGUAGCAGGCAUAGGACAGAUGAGCCAGCGCCAGUCACACUUCUGCCCCAGGUAAUAGUGCUGGAUAAUAGCGUUUUCAUAGACGAGAGUUUCUAAAGUGCACAGCUGGACCUGAAAGAAAGGGCUUCUGCCUUUCAGAAACUCAAGAGUCGGUGCCUUGGUGGUCCGGGGCCCGUGGAGUCAGAGUUCAUGUGCUGAUCUGGCCUUGGGAGCUGUAACCACGACUCUCAAAAGGCUGCCCCGUUUCAGAAGAAGGCCCAGAAAAGCUCCAGCUGCUGGCCCAGGAGGGGGCCGAGCAAGCUUGUCAAGUGUCUGUGGUUCUGGGCGUAGGGGACCCUCCCUGAGGCUGCUAACAGGUGGGAGGGAUCGAGUUUACAUUCCCUUGUGGUAGGGGAAUCCUGGUGCAGAGCGAGUGUGAGAACUAGUGUAGGACUUGAGACACGUGUGGGCUGUGUCAGCGUGGAAGUUAACCUGGCCACGCAGGAGCACGUCCAUCGAUGGGCCCACGGGGGACCUGCAGGACAGGAAGUGUCAACCAGUGGACCCAUAGGAACCUACAGGACAAGAAGUGUCAACCGGUGGGCCCACAGGGACCUACAGGACAGGAAGCGUCAAUCGGUGGGCCCAUGGGGACCUACAGGACAGGAAGUGUCAACUGACAGGCUCACUGGGACCUACAGGACAGGAAGUGUCAACUGGUGGGCCCAUGGGGACCUACAGGAUAGGAAAUGUCAAUCAGCGGGCCCAUAGGGACCUGUAGGACAUAAAGUGUCAACUGACGGGCUCACCGGGACCUAUGGGACAGGAAGUAUCAACCAACAGGCCCGUGGGGACCCGCAGGAUAGGAAAUGUCAACCAACAGGCCCAUAGGGGACCUGCAGGACAGGAAAUGUUCACCAACGGGCCCACAGGGGACCUACAGGAUAGGAAGUGUCCACCAGCGGGCCCACAGGGACCUGCAGGACAGGAAGUGUCAACUGACGGGCUCACCGGGUCCUAUAGGACAGGAAGUGCCCACCGGCAGGCCCAGAGGGAUUUGCAUGACAGGAAGUGUCAACUGGUGGGCCUGCGGGGUCCUUCAGGACAGGCAGCCCCCUGGGAGGUGAACUCUGUGAGAACUCAGAGGCCACACGGGCAGUCUGCAGUGGAGCAGCAGCGCCAUGUGGCCCCAGGAGGUUGAUGAACACCUGCAGGACGUGCGGUGCUCAAGUGAAAAGGAAUCAAGGAAGAGGUGCAGCUGCGAGAAAGGACUGGGAGCAGAGCGCUGAGCGCAGGCUGGAGUCGUUCCUGUCUUCCCCCUCAACACCUGCUUUACGCGGCCACCUUUCACCUGUGCCACUGCAGUCCAUCACCCGGUAGAUGGAGUCAGUUCUUCCUGUAGUUGUACCUGGUCUGCCUUCUAACCUGCCCACUGGGGACCCUCAGAAAGAAGAAUCUCCAGGGAGAUAAGCAAUUCACAGGAAGAUGUAAUGACGCUGAGGCCAGCUUCAAAGCAGACCAAGAAGAAACGACAAGUCCAGGGAGAAACUGGCAGAGCCAUGCUCAUGGCAUACGCCACAGAGACUGAUGGACACACAGGCAAAGUCUCCUGCAGCCGCAGGAGCUUCGACCAGAGUUGACAGGCACGGGCCAGCACACCAACCAUCAGGGCUAUGCUUUUUAAGUUUUAAUUUAGAAUAAAUGAACGUGAAAACAUUUAUAAAAAAUGGACUAAUCCAGACCACAAAGAAGCCCCAACAGAUCCAGAGAAUUGAUGUUUUCCCAGCAGUUCAGUAACAAAAGGAUGCUGUCUCUGUCCCAGACAUCUAAGAUCUUUAACACUCCGAAAUCAAGAAAGGUCUUCCCAAAUGUUUCACGGAUCAAAGACGAAUGGUGGGGGGGGGUUGUAGUCCGCGGACAUGUCUGGCGUCUGAAGCAGUGCUGGGAUGCAGCGUGCCUGGUGAGGGUCUGCCGGGGAGGAAGGUGAGGAACACGCACGCCCUACCUGUGGACUUCAGCCGAGCGGGUGUGCCAAGGGGAAGCUGUGGCCUUCAGCGCAUGUUCUAGAAAACAGGAAAUCCCGGAACUGGUGAGCUAGGUACAUCUGCAAGAGCAUCAAAUAAACCCAAGAAAGUUGAAGGAAGGGAAAAAUCAAGAUAAGAAUAGUUUUCCGUCUCCUCUGGUCAAAAAUUAAAGGAAAAACGGAAUUGGAGACUCCAUCUUAGAUGAAGCUGGGACACAGCUGUUUGCUAGACACAUAUGUGCCUGCAUGUACUUGCGAGUAAGUGUGUGUGUAUUGAAACCAUAUCCUCAGAUGCCAGGAGCCAAUAUUAAUGACUGACGAGGAACAGUGACACUGACAAGCAAGGAGGCCAGGUGGAGAGCAGUGGCCGCUGGCCUGGUUGGGAGCUGGCCACGACACAGACACAGCACCAUGCAAGGGACAGUGGUGCAGGGCGGGGGUGGCCUGAAGGUCUCUGAAGAGUGGAGAGUGCUAGGGUCCACUGUCUCACCCUCACGCCCCCUCAGGAGGUGAGGUGUGCCCUCUGGGAAAACAACCAGCCAGGCUCUGGCCUCAGACCCCAAGCAGGGGUGACGGUGAGGCAACACCCUGAAGCUGAGGCUGCUGUGGGGUUCUCACACUGCAAGUAAGACCUCCUCCCUGUCACGCCCACCUGCCCAGGAAGUUCUGUCCCGAGCUUGGCAUCAUGGUGCCAACGCCCCUCGUGCAAACCCUGUGGGGUUCUCCCUGCAGAGCUGUCUGGGAGGCAGUGCCCCCUGCUCAGUUGCCACAGUGAAGCCCUCUUCCCAGGGCCUCACCUGACCUGUGAAUGGCCAGCAGAGAUGCCAGGUGUGAGGAAGCCUCCGGCCCAAAGAAAAGACUCAGUCAGCAGGAGCCGCAAGGGCCCGGGCCUGUGAGACAAGAACAGUGUGCCGCCAGAAAACAGGAAGUAGUGCGUAUGAAAUAACGGGGCCUGAGAGAGCUCAGAGCAUCAAUCUAGGAGGAGGAGACCAGAGAAGGCAUGAGAGAACGUAGAGAAGUGUCCCGGGACACGAGUGGCCAAGUGCUGAGGAUCUACCAGGUGGCCAGCACGACAGUGAAGGGAAGCCACACCAGGGACACUGUGGUGCAGCAUCAGAACACCUGAGGCCAAAGCCUUACAUUGUUGCCAGAGAGACAGACAGGCCUGGGGCCCGAGUGAUGUCAGCUUCUCAGCCACAGGCCUGGCAGCGAGAGGACAGCAUGACCAAGCCUCCAGAAUGCCAAGGAAAAUAUAUGCCUGAAGGAAGUGACGUCGAUGGCAGACAGUCUGUAUAAUAUUCGGCUUCUGAGAGAGUUCUCAAAUGAGUAUCUUAACAAGUGCUUUUAUCUCACCUUAGAAGACAUGCUGUACGCUCCCUUAGUGCUGAAGCCGAAUGUUAUGGUUUUUGUUGCUGAGCUCUUCUGGUGGUUUGAGAACGUCAAGCCAGACUUUGUUCAACCCAGGGACAUUCAAGAGCUGAAGGACGCUAAAGCAGUGUUACAUCAUAAAAGCAGCCGGCCUCCUGUACCCAUCUCCAAUGCCACCAAGCGCAGCUUCAUGGCCAGCCCAGCCCCGCCAAGCCCAGCGGACCUGCUGCCGCCCGCCGAGGGCUGUGCCCGGUACUGCCUGCACCCAGAGGAGUCUGAAUGUCUCGGAAAAACGACCUCUGCCUUCAGUCCGUCUCACCCGUUGUUACCGCUGAGGCAAAGGCAACAGAAGGCGCUGCAGGGGGAGGACAGCCCUGAUCAGCGACAUCGAUCUCAUUCCCUAACGCGAGCCGACGGCCAGCCCCGUGCUGCAGCAGUAGCGUGGUCAGAUAAGAAAGCCAGGCCUGUGUCUCAGCCGACCCCCUUUGCUCUUCAUUACGCUGCGAGCUGCGACGUGGACCUUGGCUCUGGCGACAGCAUCAGCUUAGCUCGCUCCAUCAGCAAGGACAGCUUGGUAUCCAAUGUCGUCAGUCUGACCCCACAGAAUCAGCCUCACCCCGCAGCGGCUAAGACCAAUGGGAAAACCCUCCUGAACAACGUCAAUAUUGAGGAUGAGGAUGAGGAACUUGUGGCGAUCGUUAGAACAGAUGCUGCUCCCCACGGGGGUGACAUGCAAGUGCUGAGGUCCUCCCCUCGCGCCUCGGGCCUGACAGGUGCCAGGUCUCCCCAGAGGCAGGCGGAUGCCUCAGAGAGUAAGCCUGAUAGUUUUUUCUUGGAGCCCUUGAUGCCGGCUGUGCUCAAGCCGGCAAAAGAAAAGCAGAUCAUUACUAAGGAGGAUGAGCGUGGAGAAGGGCGGCCUAGGGGCUUCACUGCUAAGCGGUCCAGCGAGGGCCACCAGUCUUUGGUACGAAGGAAAGUGACCAGCAGUCAUGGCAGCCGCGACCUGAACCGAACUUUCACCCCUAUUGCCUGUUCAGAAUUCCCUGUGGGCAUGGACCCCACACCCCCAGAGGUGGGAUCGCUGUCAGCAGAUGCUGCAGGAGAGACGUGUGGCCGGCCUGUGUCCAGCGGCGGUUUCCACCAGCUAUCUCAGGUACAGUCGGUCGAUGGCUUCUUUCUGCACUUAGCCAGAGCUGCUGAGGACCCCGAGGGAAGGCUCAACGUGAGCUGUUUGAAAAGCCCCAGCUCUCAGGACACAGAACCAUGGGCUCUUCUGAGGCAGGACUCUGAUUCAGACGUGGUCGACAUAGAGGAGGCUGAGCACCACCUGAUUGGAGAGGACCGACCUGUCAUCGUUGCGAAGUAUGCCGGCGAGGAAGAGUCGGCGAAGCUGCAGGAGGACAUGCAGGUGAAGGAGCACGAGGACAAGGACGAUGCCAGUGGCCGCUCGAGUCCCUGCCUGAGCACCAUCUCUCAGCUCAGCAGUGUCUCUGUGGCCAGCGGGAGUGUGAAGAUGACCAGCUUUGCAGAGAGGAAACUGCAGAGACUCAACAGCUACGAGACCAAGUCCAGCACCAGCAGUUCCCAGAAGACCACGCCUGACGCGUCUGAGAGCUGCCCAGCACCGCUGACGACCUGGAAGCAGAAGAGAGAGCAGAGCCCGAGCGGGCAGGGCCGGGACCACGCCGUCCUGCUGGCCUCGGAGCUGGUGCAGCUGCACAUGCAGCUGGAGGAGAAGCGGCGGGCCAUCGAGGCCCAGAAGGAGAAGAUGGAGGCUCUGUCUGCCAGGCAGCGCCUGAAGCUCGGCAAGGCGGCCUUUCUGCACGUGGUGAAGAAGGGCAAGGCCGACAGCGUCCCUCAGCCACUCAGACCCGAGCACCCGGUGAAGGGGCAUUCUCAGCACAACGGGGAGGCCUUUGGCAAUGGUGUAUCUAAAACGGAAGAGCUCCUUGCCAGAGAGGAGGAGAGAGAAGACCUCCUCCCCGAGUCUCGGGGUGUGGACAGAGAGAGCCUGGCUUUCCUUCAGCAGCACUCACUCAAGGACCCGUCCACGCUGCAGGAGCUGGAGAAGACUAAGGUGCUGUCUGCAGCCCUGCUAGAGGACGGGGUGGGUGAUGGGGCCGACGUGAAUGAGUGCGACCUCUCCAUCGAGAAGCUCAACGAGACCAUCAGUACCCUGCAGCAGGCCAUCCUGAAGAUCUCGCAGCAGCAAGAGCAGCUCCUCAUGAAGCCCCCCUCCGUGCCAACGCCAGCCCCCAGGAACGGCGCCCAGGACCAGAAAGUGAAGACGGCGGUGCACUUUGUUGAGCCGCUCUCUCCGACUGGACUGACUGGUCACCGCAAACCCCCUCGUCUUGGCCAGGGACGGAGCUCCCGCUCUGGACGGCCAGCCGAGCUGAAGGUCCCGAAAGACAGGCAGCAGGGCUCCUCUCGGAGCAAAACCCCAACCCCGAGCAUAGAGACCCUCCCGCACCUGAGGUCGAUCCUCCCAAACAGCCAGGCGAGGACGCCCACCGACCCGGGCCUGGACAGUGGGGCAGAGCCCGGGAGUGACCCAUGUGACAAGGUGUUCUUUGACAGUUACAGGCUCCAUGACGAAAGCAACCAGCGAACGUUUGUUCUGUCCUCCUCCAAGGACACCAACAUCAUAUCAGAGCAGAUGGGCUUCACAGAGGCUCUGGAGAAGGGCGGGAAAGAGGGAGGGCUGAGUUCUUCCCGCGUCUCAGGAAAGGAGAACGUUCCCGUGGAGGAGCCCCUGAGGAGCAAGGCCAGCCUCAUCGAGGUGGACCUCUCUGACCUGAAGGCACCCGAUGAGGAUGGGGACGUGAACAUCCACGACAGCUCGGGUGGCCUGGGCAACGACUGCGACCAGAAGCUCGGGGUCGGGUUCUUCUUCAAGGAUGAGCAGAAGGCAGAAGACGAGCUUGCCAAGAAGCGGGCGGCUUUCCUUCUGAAGCAGCAGCGCAAGGCUGAGGAGGCCCGUGUGCGGAAGCAGCAGCUCGAGGCAGAGGUUGAGAUCAAGAGAGAUGAAGCCCGGCGUAAAGCUGAAGAGGAUCGGAUAAGAAAGGAGGAAGAGAAGGCCCGGCGUGAGCUAAUUAAGCAGGAGUACUUGCGAAGGAAGCAGCAGCAGAUUUUAGAAGAGCAGGGCCUUGGGAAACCAAAAUCAAAGCCGAGAAAGCCUCGGCCCAAGUCCGUCCACCGGGAAGAGUCGUGCAGCGACCCGGGCACCAAGUGCUCCUCGACAUCUGAUAAUUUGAGCCGUGCCCAGUCUGGAUCAAGCCUGUCCUUGGCGUCUGCAGCAACCACAGAGCCAGAGAGUGUCCACUCAGGGGGCACACCUUCCCAGCGAGUGGAGUCGCUGGAAGCCCUGCCCACGCUGAGCCGGAACCCAAGCAGGAGCACAGACCGGGACUGGGAGACGGCGUCCGCAGCAUCCUCCCUCGCCUCAGUGGCUGAGUACACAGGUCCCAAGCUCUUCAAGGAACCCAGCAGCAAGUCGAACAAGCCGAUAAUUCACAACGCGAUUUCGCACUGCUGCCUGGCUGGGAAAGUGAACGAGCCACACAAGAACUCGAUAUUAGAGGAGCUAGAGAAGUGUGAUGCCAACCACUACAUCAUUCUGUUCCGCGACGCAGGCUGCCAGUUCCGGGGGCUCUACUGCUACUACCCCGAUACCGAAGAGAUCUACAAGUUAACCGGCACGGGGCCCAAGAGCGUCACCAAGAAGAUGAUCGACAAGCUUUAUAAGUACAGCUCAGACCGAAAACAGUUUAACCUGAUUCCAGCCAAAACCAUGUCUGUCAGUGUGGAUGCCCUCACAAUCCACAACCACUUGUGGCAGCCCAAGCGGCCGGCAGUGCCAAAGAAGACGCAGACUCGCAAAUGACACCGGCCGGCGUCUAGAGGGUGCUGCCGAUAGCAUCGAUAUUUAUUAUUUUCAUCCCCUUGGGUACGAAGUGUGCAAAGUCAGAAACCUUUUUCAUAGAGGCUUCUACUCUGUGACAGGAAGCCCCUCCCUCAGCUCCUCGCACAUGACGGACGUGGGUGCAGCGAGGUGGAAGUGCACGCCAGUAUUGACGCCGGCACCGCCCUGCCGCCACCGGCUCCUGGGGGACGGCUGUGAGAGGCAGGAGAUGGAGGCGGGGCUGGCCUCCUACUUGAAGUUCCCCUCCAGUAUCGGUUAAAGAUGGUUUGAUUUCCUUUUCCUGCCUCUCACCUCACCCCUUUUGCACAUACCUGACACGUAGCAUGUUGGUGGGCCACAAUCUCUUGUGAGGUCCUAGUGCUGAAAAUUGAUCUUGGGUCAGGGUGUUUUAACGUCUCUAGAAAAGGGAUUCAUACUGGGGAAACCUUUUCAUUUGAGAAAUUGUAUGAUAUUUAUUGAUUGUGUCUACUGCCAACAUUUAUAUCCAAUUCUAAGAUUUCUGAAAAGAUCCUUGUUCUUUGCUGCUCAGAAAACGUUUACUGAAAAGACCAGUUCACUGAAGCACUGAAAUCUGUGAAGUCUGUCUUCUGCUAAAUAACGUUUACAAACGUAGAGACGAUGGUUUCUGACCUGCAAUCAUGAGUCAAAAGGUACUAGGAGCUGGUGCUUGCCUGACCUACAAACUGGAGCCGUCAUGACUGCCGCUGUGGACAGUGCUCUGAUGAUUUGUUCACUUUAGUAAAGACACGUUUUGGUAUUUCUCACUCUGAGCAUGUUCCCGUAAAAGGUGACGCACUUCCGCUGGCGGCUCUUUGAGUGUUUUUAUUAUGUCCUGACUGUAACUGGCCUCCUCUGUCCUGUCCUGGUUCCUGGUUCUGGAAGGACAGAUGAUACUUGUGUUUGGUCGCGUAUUUAAAAACAAUUAAAGUGGUUAUUUGCAGUUAUUUCAGAGCUCGGAGUAAGUGGAAUGGCUUUGGAUCCUUCUGUGCUGAGCGUCCGACCGUCGAUGCUUUCCCACAGCAGACACUGUCUGGAGCCGACCGCGCCCCAGCCCGUCCUCGGCACGUCAGGGCGCCUGGAGCACUGCAGCGCCUCUGUGGGACUCGGCCAGCUGCUCUGCCGUCCUGAUUUGACCCAAUGGCUGGAAGGUUCUGGAGCCACUUCUGUUAGCUUUGCACAUAUUUUCUUGGAAGUGUUACUUGAACCUACCUGGAACUGCAGAAGAAACCACAGAUCAAUAGAGAGAAAAGUUAGAUCAGUGUAACUGUUAGAUAAUUUUAGCUAGAUACACAGGUAAGUGAGCUGUGUGCCCAGGAGAGAAUGUGGUACAGACACUAGGACCCGCUGUGUGACAUUGUUAGGCCUUGCUGCGGCCUCCUCAGUCCCUGGGAGAAGAGUGUAGUUUUGGUUGGUCGCCGUUUUGUAUAUAUCGUGUUAGCCGUAGCCGCCUCUGUCUGUACAUACAUGAUGGAAGGCGGUGAUCUCUCAAGUGCUGAGUAUUAAACAGUCGUGAGUGGACCCUGGCCCCAGGCUUUUCACACGUGUGCUUGAUUUCUCACUGUACGUUUGAUACUAUGUUACCAUAUUUAUUUUAAGGAAGCACUAAAAUGUAAUAAAGUAAUUAAUUUGCUUUAUACUAGUCACACGUGUGUGAGGCUGUGACGACUCAUUUUGAUGACCAGGCGUCAUCCACCUCCAACGUCCGUUUUUACUUCACCGGCAUCCGUUUUACUGGAGAAUCUCAUCAUUCCUGCUGUCUGAGCAGCGAGACUGACUAGCUGCCUCCCGCAUGAACUCAGGAUGUGGGACAACUUACUGUCAUAGCUCAGGCCUGUUGGCCUAAGGGGGCUGCUUCUGGCACAGAAUUGGAAAAUAACAUUCCUACAGAACUUCUGCGUAAAUUUGAGAUUUUCGAAAUGUAAAUUGGUCGAUA